GGCACUUUCCCAACCCAACGGCCUCAUGAGCCAAAUUCAAAUUCAAAAACCUGUCCGUAUCUCCAAGUUCCAACUCCAAUGGCCACCUUUCUCACCACGCCGACCAAGACCCCGUACGACAAGUCCGCCUCCGCCAUGUCCCGCAAGCACCUUCACCCCAAAUGUGCUGACUCCUCCUCCUCCGCCGCCGCUCGAUCCUCUCGUUUUGAGGCCUACAACCGUCUCCAGGCGGCCGCGGUGGCUUUCGGUGAGAAACUCCCGAUCCCAGAGAUAGUGGCCCUGGGCGGACAAUCCGACGGCAAGAGCUCACUCCUCGAGGCCCUCCUUGGGUUCCGCUUCAAUGUCCGCGAGGUCGAGAUGGGCACCCGCCGCCCGCUCAUUCUCCAGAUGGUCCACGAUCCCUCCGCCCUCGAACCCCGGUGCCGCUUCCAGGAGGAGGAUUCUGAAGAAUAUGGCAGUCCUGUUGUUUUGGCAUCUGCAAUUGCAGAUAUCAUAAAGUCCCGAACUGAGGCACUUUUGAAAAAGACUAAAACUGCAGUUUCUUCUAAGCCAAUCGUGAUGAGAGCUGAAUAUGCACAUUGUCCUAAUCUCACCAUUAUAGAUACCCCAGGCUUCGUUCUUAAGGCAAAGAAGGGAGAACCGGAAAACACACCCGAGGAAAUUAUUACAAUGGUGAAGUCAUUGGCUAGUCCUCCCCAUCGCAUUCUGUUGUUCCUUCAACAGAGUAGUGUGGAAUGGUGCUCGUCGUUGUGGUUGGAUGCCGUUCGAGAAAUUGAUCCAACUUUUAGACGGACAGUAGUUGUGGUCUCCAAAUUUGAUAAUCGUCUCAAGGAGUUCAAUGAUAGGUGGGAAGUGGACCGAUAUUUGAGUGCAAGUGGCUACCUGGGAGAUAGCACCCGCCCAUUUUUUGUAGCCUUGCCAAAGGACAGGAGCACCAUUUCAAAUGAUGAAUUCCGCAGGCAAAUAUCUCAGGUGGAUUUAGAAGUUCUACGUCAUCUAAAUGAGGGUGUCGAGGGUGGAUUUGAUGAGGACAAAUUUAGGCCUUAUAUUGGUUUUGGCCGUCUAAGAGAUUAUUUGGAGUCUGAGCUUCAGAAGAGAUAUAAAGAAGCUGCACCAGCAACUCUAGCUUUGCUUGAGCAGCGCUGCAGUGAAGUUGCAGCUGAACUGGACAUAAUGGACUCUAAAAUUCGGGUCACUUCUGAUAUUGCUCAUCUUAGGAGAUCUGCGAUGUUAUAUGUGGCUUCUAUCAGUAAUCAUGUGGGUACUUUGAUUGAUGGAGCAGCAGAUCCUGCCCCUGAGCAAUGGGGAAAAACAACAGUGGAGGAGCAGUCAGAAAUUGGUCUUGGGGGUUGGCCCGGUGUUACUGCAGAUAUAAAGCCUCCCAAUGCUACUCUUCGGCUCUAUGGAGGAGCUGCUUUUGAAAGGGUGAUGCAUGAAUUUCGCUGUGCUGCUUAUUCCAUUGAAUGCCCCUCGGUGUCAAGGGAGAAGGUGGCAAAUAUAUUACUUGCCCAUGCUGGCCGAGGUGGGGGUAGAGGAGUAACAGAAGCAGCUGCAGAAAUUGCCCGUGCAGCUGCCAGAUCAUGGCUUGCUCCUCUUCUUGAGACUGCUUGUGAUCGACUUGCUUUUGUUUUGGGGAAUCUCUAUGAUCUUGCUCUAGAACGAAAUCAUGGUCAUGACUCAGAAUAUGGGAUGAAAUCGGAAAAAAUGGAUGGCUAUGUUGGUUUUCAUGCUGCUUUAAGGCAUGUUUACAAUCGCUUUAUCAAGGACCUGGCCAAACAAUGCAAGCAACUAGUUCGGCAUCACCUUGAUACAGUUACAAGCCCAUACUCGCAGGUCUGUUAUGAGAAUGGCUUUCAAGGAAGCUUUGGCUCUAGCGCAACCUCUUUUUACAAGUUCAACCAGGCUUCAGCUGGUUCAUUUUGUCUUGAGCUAACUGAUGGGGGCCCAGCAGCCCAUGAUGGAAUAAUGAGAGAGCAAGAGAACAUACCUCUGGGAAGAAAUGGACAGCAAACCACACCAGUGAGAGGUGCAGAAACUAGAGGAGCUCUUCGAGAAAGCCAAAUGACCGUGCCUGAGACCCCAUCGCCUGAUCAGCCAUGUGAUGCAGUAUAUGCUGGGGCCAAGAAAGAACUUGGAAAUGGCAUUGACAUUGGAGCAAAAAAGCGGUUUUCAAGAUUGCCAGGCAAUAGCAGAAAUACCGAUCAUGUAAGAGUUCAAAAUGAUGGUGGUCUUUUAUUUGGUUAUACCGGUUCAAGUUCAGGUUCAGCCUACUCAGAAAUCUGUUCAUCAGCGGCACACCAUUUUGCACGGAUUCGUGAUGUUCUUGUUGAGCAAAGUGUGGCCUCGACUUUGAAUUCUGGAUUCCUAACCCCUUGCCGGGAUAGGCUCGUGGUGGCACUUGGGUUGGAAUUAUUUGCUGUGAACGAUGAAAGAUUCUUGGACAUGUUUGUUGCUCCCGGCGCCAUCGAUGUACUGCAGAACGAACGGCAGUCUCUUCAGAAGCGUCAAAAGAUACUCCAAUCUUGCUUGAAUGAAUUCAAAAGUGUUGCUCGGGCACUUUGAUGGCAAGUUGGCAACUGCAUUAAUUAUAACCAGAAGUUCAUAUAUAUAUUUUUUUUCCCUAAAGAAACAUUAUAAAUUAUAGAGAAAGUUCAUAGGUUUCACAUCUAGUGAACAUACACAAUUCUAA